AUGAUUAUUGGCAGCAUCUUCUUCAUCUUUAACCGGAUGGUAGAGAUUACCUUCCUCAUUCCGAUCAUUGGUAUCAUGGCCUAUUUCGUCGAUGGCUACCUCAAAGCCAAUAUGCUCACGCCGCCUUACAUCCUGGUCCUCUUCAUCACCAGUGUACUCGCCGUCUUCUGGGCCAUCGAUACCCUGAUCCGCUUCUCCGCGGCCAAGCGCUCAUCCUUUUUCGUCUCCUUCAUUGACAUGUGCUUCUUCGGCGCUUUCAUCGCAGGCGUCUACCAGCUGCGCUUCAUCGCCAACGCCGAUUGCUCGCACUGGGAUGGCGGUUCAGUCUGGGUCUCGCUGGGUCCCUUCGGCGAGUAUGGCACACAAGUGAACAACCCACUGGCGCUGCAUGUCAACAAGACCUGUGCGAUGCUGAAGACUAGCUUUGCGCUGGGUAUCAUGGAAGUGAUCUUCUUUAUUUGGACUGCAUUCCUGGCAUUGUUCAUUCACAGCCAGAACCGUGAGGUCAUUGUGAAGGAGACCACUGUCCGUCGCCGCAGCCACAGCAGCCGUCGUGGCCACUCUUCUUCGCACCACCGCCACCGCAGCUCGAGCCGGAGACCUAGCUAUGUGGUCUAG